AUGCGCCAAUUCCCCGUGAAGGGGCUGGGAAAAGAAGAGAAGUCCCAGAGUCUUCACGACGAUAUCUCAAGCUCGUCACCAGCGACCGACGGCUACGUUGAUGGCCAUUUCGAUACUGUCGAUGUCUGUACCACGCAAUUAUGGUUCCCAGCUCAGCUCAAUUCUUGGAACGGAUUUCUGGAUUGGUCGCAUGAUGGCUCGAUGCUGGUCAAUGAGACUUGGCCUUACCAAGAUGCAUCUGACACUGGAACGGCAGACGUUUGGACACCCGGAUUCACAGAUUGUAGAACCGACAGCAGCGUCAGUUUAGACUCACAGUCCUUCGAUCACAUAUCCUCCCACGGACUCUCGAAUCAUGGCAGGACAGAGUACCCAGGCCCUCCUCAAAUUCAGUCACCAUCUAUGGGCAAUCAACAUAUGUAUCUUCCCCCGAGUAAUUUGCCUAUCUUGGAGAAAUCAAGGUACCCGAGUAACUCGCCAUACAAUGCAGAUAAUUUACAUAGGCCUCAAGAUUCGGAUUGGAUGGGCUUCAGUCCGAGGACAGCCGCUUCUGUCACGUCGCAUCCCACUUCAGAUGUCAAGCCAAGGCUCACCUUAUCGACAACAUUACCAGCAAAUGUACCUCUUCAAUGGUCAAUGAGCAAUCAGAAUACUCCUGUGACACCGGGCUUGAACAAAGAGUCAGCUGCGCCAAUCCCAAAAAGGAAACACGUAUCUCCAGGACCUCCUCCGGCAAAGAAGAGUCGCCAGGUAACAUCACAGACAGAACUCGCCGAAUACGUUGGUGUGUUUGAGAAUGCUCCUGGUGCAUUGACUACAGUGAAGAAGCGCAAGAAGCUCGAUGGUGCUGUGAGAAAGGCGGCACAGGAUGUGAGGAAAGCUGGAGCAUGUCAUCAGUGUCGCUUUCGUAAGAGAACUUGUUCUAUAGGCACGCCUUGUACAUCUUGCUUGAAGAAUGGACGUGGUCUUCAUGAUCUCAAAUGUCAGCGAGAGAGUCCAUUCAUCGGGAAGUCGAUACAUCCAUAUUUUGAACAUUCGUCUACCAAACGUGUCUUAUCCUUCGAUAUCUUGGUUCCAUUGCUGCCAAUACAAAGUUCUGGUGCUUGCUAUGUGACAAUUGAUGGCAUCGAGAAAAUUUCUCACACGAUCAAGCUUCGGGCUUAUGCAAAGUCCCUUGAUAGUUUCGGUGCGGCUGAUAGAGCUGCAAUCCGAAAGACCGAGAUCCCAAAUAACCAGAUUACAGACACGGAUGGCGAAAGCCCUGAAAUUUUAAUUUUGGAGGAUCACGAGGCAUUGGGCACUCAAGUCGAGCAGUGGGCAGUUGAGUAUGCGUCGAAAUUUGUCCAUGCUGCUGGUCCGAAGUUCUAUCCGACCACAGCUGCGGUGAUACUAGGAACUGCUUAUCUGAAGAAAGGCUUGCCUGAAUCUGAACUUGUUGCAGCGAUGCUUCGAGCAGCGUCCAUUGCCUUUGUACUCCGUGCUGGCGUUAAAUAUAAGGCUUCCGGCAACCAGUCCACUUCUCAAUAUCGCACCAUCGAAGCCUCAAUUGAUACGAUUCUCUAUCAACGUCUAAAGCUGGCCGAGAAAGACCUCUACAAGAUGCUGCAACGAAUCGUCUUCCGCUCGCUAGGGUAUAUUGCACGAGAGCACAUUUACCCUGUAGCUCUUGUAUUCUGGCAGCUGCUUCGAAUGCUUUGUCUCAGCAGUAGCCAUCUGUCAAACAUUUAUUCCAGGUUCAAGACUAUACCAUCUGAACAUGCGUCGUUCCAAUUCAAUGCCCUCAAACUCGUCCUCUCAACCCACUUCGCACUUUUUCGUUCCUCCAAUCCCCUGCUUCUCGAUUUCAACGACAAACCCAAUCAAGACUUGCUAGCUGGCGACGAGGAAUUAAUUGACUUGGCCAUGAAGAUGCGGAAAGUGGUGCUGGAUUUCAGAGAGAAGGGCGUCAGGGACAUGAAAGGAAGUAUCGCCUAUCGUAAGGAGCACUUCGAUUUAUUCAGGAAGGUGUAUGAUGGAUUGUAA